CAGGCAGACAUUGGAGCUAUUCUAGAACACAGAGCAGACACUAGCACACACAGGUUCUGAGCACCAACGCCUGCAGUCUAAUAGAAAAGAAUGAAGCUGCCUCUCCCAUCAGUUAUGCUUCUCUGCAUUGUAACAGCAGCAUUAUGGCCAACACAACUCAUUCAUGGUGCAACUUUGCCAAAAUGUUACUUAUACCAGUUACCAGGGUGUCCAAGAGAUUUGAAUCCUGUUUGUGGAACAGAUGGAAAAACAUACGCCAAUGAGUGUAUGUUAUGUGCCUCAAACAGAGACAACGGGCUGAAAGUUCACAUUAAAUGGAAGGGAGAAUGCUGAUGUGCUGGUGUUAAAUCCUGGAUGUUGACCUUCUUUGCAACAGUGAUCACGCUGUAUAACGUUUCAAUCAUACAAAAUAAAUUGAGGUCCAACUUCCUAAAACAACAAAA